UUAAGCGUGUCAGUCUUAAUGUUGGUGUUUGAAGGAGAGGGUAUUUUGAAUUCUCUCAUCAAUAAACUACCUAUUGAACUUCACUUACCUAGCUAUCAGUACUGUGGACCUGGUACAAAAUUGGAAAAACGUCUUGAUCGUGGAGAUCCGGGCAUCAACCCCUUGGACGCUGCUUGUAAACAACACGAUAUUUCUUACUGGAAGAAUAAGUCUCUCGAAGAACGACACAAAGCCGAUCAGAUACUUGAAGAUAAAGCUUGGGCACGCGUCAAAUCAAAAGACGCUUCAAUGGGAGAGAAAGCUGCUGCAUUACUUGUAACAGGCGGAAUGAAGGUGAAAAGAAAGCUGGGAAUGGGUUGUCGUCGUCGUCGCAAACGUCGUUCCUUGCAUCGAGAUGUUAUUCUGAAAGUGGGAAAGUCAUUGAAGAGAGGAACAUCUUUGAAAGACACCGCAACGUUUGCCUUACGAGCAGCCAAAGCACUUAUUAAUGAAUUUGGUGGCAAAAAAGAAGUCGAGGUUCCUCGAGUAAUACCUGUAGCGAAAUCCGGAGGUUUCCUACCACUUAUUCCUUUGUUUGCCGGUCUUUCGGCACUUGGAGCUUUGUCAGGUGGUGCUGCUGGGAUUGCAAAAACCGUCAUUGAUGCUAAGCAUGCGCAAAAGAAAUUGGAGGAAGAUGUACGUCAUAAUAAGGCUAUGGAACGUAUAGGAUCUGGCCUAUACUUGAAAAAGUAUUCAAAAGGUGGAUUUGGAUUGUAUUUAAAAAAACAAAAAAAAAACUAAUAAAGCUACCCAAUCACGCACUAUCUGACUUUGACAUUGCGCAUUAUGCAAAAUUACUUAAAAUACCACAUUUUCGAGGAGUUUUCAUGCGAGACACCCUCCCCAAAGGCGGUCCUCAAAGACAAGAAUGCGCAGUGGUUAAUUUAGAUGUUUCUAAGAAUAGUGGGAGUCAUUGGGUGGCUUACAGAAAGAUAAACAACGAUGUAGAGUAUUUUGAUUCAUUUGGUAAUUUGAAGCCGCCGAAAGAAGUUGUUGAAUAUCUGGGGGGAAAGAGUGCGAGAAUUUUCUACAACAAUACCCAAUAUCAAAACUACAAUCAAAUAAAUUGCGGACAUUUGUGUUUGAAAUUUCUACAGCAACAAUGACGAGCGUAGAACUAUUACUACAACAUAUCUACCAUGGAAAAACAUUGAAUAGUUUUACUGCCGAAGAACUAAAGCACUUUCCCAUUGAACAUCUAAUAGAGUGUGUAAGACCUUGGGAAUUGUUGGAUAUGUGGCAUAAACUUCCCAAUGAAUAUCGAGGAAAUUUUGAACUACAAAUACGACUACCUUGUUUCAUCCAUUACAACCGGCCUGAUUGGACAACACAUUGUGAUGGUCCUCCGAGUUCUCAAGCCACUUGUUUUCUUUGUAACAAUAAAUAGAAUAAACAAGUAGUAUUAUUUAAAUUCAAACAUCACCCGAAUUCCAUUAGUCACCAUGUCACAGUUGCUGAGAGUAAACAGCAUCAAUCAUGAAUUUACCUUUCAACCUACUACGCCUAUUGUGCUCGAUCCGAAUAAUGAUUACGAAAUAGCUUUGCGAUCUUUUCAUUCUUAUCACAGUAUACCAAACAUUGAAAAUUGUAAGUUUUACUACUACGAUACCAAGGGCAAGCUUCAAAGUUUUGAUUUUCCCACAGGAUGUUACGAAAUUGCCGAUCUUGAGGCGUUUAUACGAGAUAAAUUGGGUGUGGACAAUUCAACUAGACCAGAGGGUAUAUUUUCACUAAAACCCAAUCACAAUACGUUGAAAUGUGAAAUUUCCAGUAAAUACAAAAUUUCAUUCAAAGAAGAUAAUAGUCUUGGGAGAAUUUUGGGUUUUUCACCGAAAAUACUCGACGCAAACAAAAUACACUCGUCAGAUCUCCCCGUCAAAAUCAUUAAAGUAUCUAGUAUUCGCUUCGAUUGUAACAUUACCACUGGAGCCUUCGAUGCAAACAGACCUGCUCAUACUAUAUACGAAUUCGUCAUACAAGUGGAUCCAGGAUAUUCCAUAGACGAAAUUCCUCAUAAUUUGCUCUAUUUACCUGUUAUACCACAGCGUGAAAUAACCAAUAUCACCGUCAUCGCUUUAGACCAAGACGGUCAGCCUGUAAACUUUCGUGGAGAAUUAAGUACGUUGGUGUUGGAGCUUAGAGCGCGCGAAGCAAAUGGGGCUAAUAAUAAAUCAUAAAAGACAGUCUACAGAGCAUUCAACUUCAUUAGAUAAGCUACCAUCAAAGCUGAAGCAACUCACGUUCGCAAACAAAUUGGUUCUGCAAUCGUUGGGUUUUAAAUUGAAAAAAAAUGACAACAAUGUAUGGAAAACGUCAACGCCAAAACGACAACAUGCCUCCAAUGUUUGAUAUCUACCGUAAGCCGAUGUUUGACGAUUCAAUUCGAAAGGCUGAAUAC